UUCACUCCACUCAGAAGGAAAAUAUUUUGUGUGAACUGAGAAACACAUCAGAGCUGCUGAGAAACAGAUGAGAAGAGAGAGGAGGGUGAAAGGUUCCUAAUUUAAUGGCAGCAGGUCCACAGCUGAAUGACGUAAUGGAAACUGCAGCGCCUGUGUCUGAACUUAGGGUGGUUCUCCUGUGGAAUAACUGGAGUGAGAGGAGAAUGGUGGAGAGCUUCAUACUGGGAGUAACUGGGUUAAAAGCUGAACCAUCAGACUGCUGUUUUCGAGUCAGAGAACAGCUGGGAGAGAAUGAAAUUCUUCUCAUCAACAGCCCAGACGUGAUGUCUUCCAACAUCUCUGAACAAAAACUAAGAGAACAUGUAGUAGAAACCUGUGUGAGGCUCUCUGAUCCUGGACCUCAUGUGUUCCUGCUGGUUCUACAGCCUGAAGACUUCACUGAGAACCACAGAAAGAGACUCUGCAGAGUCCUCCAGCUGUUCAGUGAUCAGUCAUUUGAGCAUUCACUAAUUCUGAUGUUAACACCCAAAGGAGAAGAGAGAUUAGAUUACAUGGAAAGUUAUGAGAACCAUCCACCCUUAAAGGACAUGAUCGAAAAAUGUGCAGGCAGGUUUCUGUGGCACAAGAACCUGGAGCGCUCACAGCUGUUAACACGCAUGUUUCAAAUAGUCAAAGAAAACAAUGGAGAGUAUGUGAGCUGUGAUCUAUAUGUGGAUGCUUCACCGAAUGUUCACUGGAGUCUAAAAAACACUGAAACACGAACUGUUGUGUCGGAUCCUGGACGGAGCUCUAACACUGAACGUAAAAAGGACCCUUUGCCCAGAGCCUCUGCUCUCAGGAUUGUGCUGUUGGGAGAAAAAGAGGAUUCGAUGAGGACACUGUGCAGCUUCAUCACAAGAAAUGUUCAGAGACCUCCACCAGCUGAUCACUGUGUGGCCAUCUCUGGAGAGUGGGAGGGAAACAGUUUAACAGUCGUUCAAACUCCAAACAUCUUCAGUCUGUCUGAGGAGACGGUGAGAGAGGAGAUGAAGACCUGUGUGAGUCUUUGUCCUCCUGGACCAAAUGUUCUGCUGCUGAUAGUGGAGCCUUCAGUCACUGAGGAGAAGAAACGAAGGCUGAACUUUAUCCUGGGUUUGUUUGGUGAAGAUGCCUUUAAACACUCAAUGCUCAUCACUGCACAGGAGGGGGUGGAGGCAAAUUUCACUGUAAAUCAGCUGCUUAAGAAGUGUGAAGGAAAACACUACGGCAUGUAUAAAAAUGACCUCAAACUGUUAAUGAAUAAGAUUGGGACUAUCGUGCAUGAAAAUAGAAGGAAUUUCCUCAGAUUAACUGAAAAGACCACAGAACCAAAGUCUGAAGCCGUCAAGCGGACUUUAAACCUGGUUCUGUGUGGGAGGAGAGGAGCAGGGAAGAUGUUAGCAGCCAAGGCCAUUUUAGGUCAGACUGAGCUUCAUUCAGUCUCCAACUCAGCAGAGUGUGUUAAACAUCAGGGAGAGGUGUGUGGACGUUGGGUUUCCCUGGUGGAGCUGCCUGCCUUUUAUGGAAAACCUCAGGAGGCAGUGAUGGAGGAAUCACUCAGGUGUAUCUCCCUCUGUGAUCCUGAGGGUGUCCAUGCCUUCAUCCUGGUCCUACCUGUGGCUCCCCUCACUGAUGAAGACAAGAGAGAGUUAGACACCAUCCAGAACACAUUCAGCUCUCGAGUCAAUGACUUCACCAUGAUUCUGUUCACUGUGGACUCAGAUCCUACAGAUCCAGCUGCUGUUAACUUUUUAAAGGACAAUGAAGACAUCCAGGAGCUCUGUGAGAGAUGUGGAGGAAGAUCAGUUGUUCUCAACAUGAAGGACAAACAGCAGAUCACUCAGAUUUUUCAUCAUGUGGAUCAAAUGAGACACACCAUGGCCAGAUCAAACUGCUAUACGACAGAGACAUUUGCACAUGCUCAAAUAGAAAAAAUCAGAGAGCAAGCGAAAUGUAUCAACAUGCAACAAGCUGAACUUCUGACACUGAAAAAACCCAUCAACAACUGUAAUGAAGAGAAGCAGAGCUCAGAGCCUCUCAGAAUUGUCUUGCUAGGUAAGACUGGCAGUGGAAAGAGCUCUUCUGGAAACACCAUUCUAGGACGAAAAGAGUUCAAAGCUGAGAAUAACCCCACAUCUGUCACCAAACGUUGUCAGAAAGCAUACGGUGAAGUGGACGGUCGUCCUGUUGUUGUGGUCGACACUCCUGGACUGUUUGAUAACAGUUUGUCACAUGAAGAGAUCAAUGAGGAGAUGCUGAAAUGUGUCAGUCUUCUGGCUCCAGGACCACACGUCUUCCUGCUGGUUUUAAAGACUGAGAGAAUCACACCAGAAGAGAAGGAAGCAUUAAAACUCAUCAAGGAAGGCUUUGGGAAGAAUUCAGAAAAAUUCACCAUCAUUCUUUUCACUAGAGGAGAUUCACUGAAACAGGAGGGGCAGUCCAUUCAUGAUUACAUUGAAAAAUCUGAUGAUUCCUUUAAGAAGCUGAUUGAUGAUUGUGGGCAGAGAUACCAGGUCUUUAAUAACUCAGAAAAACUAAACCGCAAACAAGUCACUGAGCUGAUAACAAAGAUCGAUGACAUGGUCAAAAGAAAUGGUGGACGCUGCUUCACCAAUAAGAUGCUGCAAGAAGCUGAAGCUGCAAUCCGGAAAAAAACAGAGACAAUUCUGAAAGAGAAGGACGAAGAAAUAAACAGAGAGAUGGAAGACCUUAAAAGAAGAUAUGAGGAGGAAAUGCAGGAAAUGAAGAAAAAAAUGGAAGAACAGAAAACAGAAAUUGAACAAGAAACAAAACAAAGAGACAAAGAGCUUAAAAAAGUGAAGAAACAGCUUACCAUGAGAAAAAGAGAACAAGAAUUAAGAGAUGAAGAAGACAAAGAGAAGAAAGAAGAGGAAGAAUCACAGCGUAGGGAUUGGGAACAAAGGUUUUUAGAUUUAGAAGUAAAAAUGAAAACAGAACUGGAAUCAAAACAAGUCAUUGACAGACAACUGGAGCAGAGCAAAGCAGAAAUGAAAGAGAAACAGGAGGCAUGGGAGAAUAAACAAAAAGAGUGGUGGCAGAAAAGAGAGCAGGAAAAUGAAGUGAGGCAACAGGAGGAGCAGAAAAUGAUCAACAAAUUGAAAGAAUAUGAGCAGGAAAAAGAAGUUCUUGAGAAACAAGUAAAAGAAAAGGAUUUGAUGUUAACAAAAAAGGGGGAAAAAGAGAAAAGGGAACUGGAGGAAAACUAUGAGAAAAAACUGAUGGAAAUGAAGGAAACAUUUGAAGAAAAAGCAAGAAAACAAGCAGAGGAAUACAACGAAUUCAGGGAGAAAUGCAUGAAAGAGUUCAAGUGUAAGGACUGGACAGCCGAAGAUGAGCAAUAUGACAUCUUAAAAGCACUAAAAGCUGAGAAUGAAGAACAAAUGAAAAAACACAAAGAAGAGAUGUAUAACUUAAUGAGAUGUUUCACCAAAAGGAGGGCAAACACAAAAAAAGUUCGCAAGCUACUGAAAAAGCAUGAACAGGAAAUGAAGUAUGUGGACGAUCCAGAGGAAAAGGAGGACCUCGAGGAAAAACAUGACAAAGAAAUAAAUGAACUGAUACAAGAACUUAUAAACAAAAGUAAUGAUGAUUGUCAUAUUUUUUAGUCCAUUGUAAAAGAAGACUCGACUUACCUGUGUCCAACACUUCUGCUCAGACUGAAAGUCAACAAACAUUGGAUAGAUUUUCAUGAAAUUUGGCUCAAACAUUUUGGAAAUCAAUCACACCCCCAGUACAGAUUAAUUUAUACGUUCAUGCGAACAUAAAAAUACAGAAAUUCAGGAUGACGAAAUUGUGUAUGGGAUUUAAUGAUCUGCUCUGCUCUACUCAAACAGAUAAAAACACAACGUAAUUUGUUAAUGUUUCUUAAUUUCUUGAAGACUUAUUGAUGUUUUUAUUGUGUAAAACAUUCUCAGGGGUCUCAAUAAUUGUAUACUUCUUCUGUUUUGUUUAUAUACAGUACGGGUCAAAGGAUUUGGAACACCCAAAUUUUUCUUACUGAAAAUUGUGCAGUUUAACGGAUCAUUCAACCACUGAACCCUGCCCAGUUUCUUUUUUUUCCUUUUUGCUUUUUGCUUAAAAAAAAGGAGAAACAUACUCGCAUACAUAUGUUAUUCUACAUGCUUUUAAACCAUUUAAAAUUACAA